GAAGGCUGUCGGAGCUUCGUCUCUCUAGGAAGAAGCGCUCUCGCUCUCUUCGCCUCGGGUCCCGGGAGGGGGGCGGAGACGUUCCUGGUGAGCAGCGGAUCCCCGGGAAUCGGUUACAGCGACCGGAUCGAAGGGCGAUCCCGCUUUUCCCGGGAAGGGAAAAGGGGAAUCCGGAGCGGCUGGGCAGGAGAGGAGAGGAGAGGAGAGAGGCGCGGCGGGGGCAGCCCCAUUGCCUGGCGGAGGAGGAGGAGGAGGAGAAGGAAGCCCGGGCCGGAGCCAGACGUGCGGGAGAGCCACCCCGAGGAUCCGCCGGGCUCAGAGGCCGAGCUCUUCCGCCGCUUUGGGCUGCCGGGCGUCGGCGGAACCCCGGGCGGUCUGCAGCGGCUUCGCCCCAGCUGGGAGGAGCCCGAGCUCCCGGGGGGCAGCCGAUGAGGAUGGCCACGGUAUCUCCUGAAGGCGGAGAAGAUCUCUCCGGUUUCUCUAUGGAGCAAGUGUUGGAGGAUCCCACUCGGGUCUUGUUGCCUGGGAAUUCAACAUUGUGGAUGGAAACCACUGAAAUAUCUCCUCCGUCUGGUGGAGCCACAACAUUUCAGGGCUCAGUAACAUUUGAGGAGGUGGCUGUGUAUUUCACGGAGGAGGAGUGGGCGCUGCUGGAUCCCAGCCAGAGAGCCUUGCACGAGGAAGUCAUGCUGGAGAAUUCUAGGAAUGUGGCUGCUCUGGCUUAUGGGCAGGCGCAUGAGAAUAACAAGGAGCCAAGCCUAGCGCUCUUUCAAGGGAUCCAGUCUGAAAACGGGAUGGUUGGAAAUCGGGGAGCAGCUCCAAAGAGUGCGAAAAGCUGUCUAAGAAACGGAAGGAAGAAAUCUUCUUCUAGUCACAAGGAAGUCCUCCCAACCCAGCAACUUCAGCAACGGGAAGAAGUUGGAAAACAUUUCGGAUAUGGCAAAACAGACAAAGCAAAAUCUGCUUUUGGUAAAUAUCAUACGAACCAAAUUGAAGAGAAACAUUGUGAACUUCAAGAGUAUCGGCAAAAUAUCAACCUUAGCUCCUCUCUUUUACAUCACCCACCAUACAUCCCAGAGACAACAUAUGCACUUAUAAAUUGUGGGGGGAAAUUCACUUUGAACAGUCAUUUUAGGCCCCAUAAAGAGGAGAAUCCUUAUGAGUGCGAAAAGGGUGCAGGCCAGAAACAGUUGCUUAUUUUACCCCCAGAAAAUCCCCCAAUGGAAAAACGAUAUAAAUGUCCAGAGUGUGGAAAGACUUUCACUCACAAAUGUAAGCUUACUGUCCAUGAACGGACCCACACAGGGGAGAAACCGUAUACGUGUCUGGUAUGUGGAAGACAAUUCAGUCAGACUGGUCACCUUACCAGACAUCAACGAACCCACACGGGGGAAAAACCAUAUUCGUGCCUGCAGUGUGGAAGGAAGUACAGUGGAAGUUCCAGCCUUGUCAAGCAUGUAAGGAGCCACACGGGGGAGAAACCAUAUAAAUGUACAGAGUGCGACAAGAGCUUCAAUCAGAGCAGUCACUAUAUUCGCCAUAAAAUGAUCCACACAGGUGAAAAACCCUAUAAGUGCCUGGAAUGCGGGAAGAGCUUCGGGCGUAACUUUAGCCUUAUGCAACAUAAAAGGACUCACACCGGGGAGAAACCGUACCAAUGCCUGGUAUGUGGAAAGAGUUUCAGUGGAUCCUCGGAUCUCAUGUAUCAUAAGAGGAUUCAUACAGGGGAGCGACCGUAUAAAUGCCUGGAGUGCGGAAAGCGAUUCAGUAGGAGAAGUCGCCUUACAGCUCACAAAAGAAAGCAUACAGGACAGAAACCGUAUGUAUGCCUGGUGUGUGGAAGGAGAUUCAGUCAGAGCGGGCACCUUACAAGUCAUAAAAGAACCCACACCGGGGAGAAACCAUACGCGUGUUUGAAAUGCGGAAGGAAGUUCAGUCGAAGAUCAAGCCUUGUGAUACAUGUGAGAAUCCACACAGGGGAGAGCCCAUAUAAAUGUACAGAGUGCGGGAAGGGCUUCCGUCAGAGAACUACCUAUAUUUACCAUCGAAGGAUCCACACGGGAGAAAAACCCUUCAAAUGCCUGGAGUGUGGGAAGAACUUCAGGCGAAACUGUCACCUUAAGAAACAUAAAAGGAUGCACACUGGGAAGAAAUUGUAUCAGUGCUAGGACUGUGAAAAGAACCUCAGCUUUCACUCAGAUGUGGCUUAUCAUAGAAGUACAGGUAGUCCUCAAUUUAUAGCGGUUCAUUUAGUGACCGUUCAGAGAUACAACGGAUACUACAAAAAAGAGACCCAUAUGUGAAAUACUGAAGUGAUGAUGACUGGAGUGAAAUUCAGUUUGAAAUGCCAUCUCGUCGAACCUGAAUAAAUCCACAUGGAAGAACCGUAAAAAUGCCUGAAGUGUGCAAAUGGGUUAAAACAGGGCACUGCCUUUGUUUCCCAUAGGAGGUCCUAUGAGCGUAAAUGAACUUUUGGUACCAGUAUUUCCCCCCCUUCCCCCCCCCACAAGAAAAUACAUACAUAUCGGAGUUUGGUUGAUCGUCAGGAAUGCUAAACCUGCGGACUGAACAGCUGAUCCAUGCAGGAGAGAGAAUAUAUCAAGAAAUGAAGCAAAGCCACUAUUUAAGAGGACGUGUCUUAAAGUUCCACUUAGGAGAGAAACUGUAUAAAAGAGUGGAAAAUGGAAAGAGUUGGUGUUUUUUAUUUCAUAAAUCUUCACCAACAAAUUAUUAGCACCUCUCCACAUUGUUAGGCCAAUCUUGAAUAUUUUUCUUGAUGUAAUCUGGGACUGUCCUAUGAGAGGCUGAUAGCAAUAGCACUUAGACUUAUAUACUGCUUCACAGUGCUUUUACAGCCCUCUCUAAGCAGUUUACAAAGUCAGCCUCUUGCCCCCAACAAUCUGGGUCCUCAUUUUACCCGCCUCGGAAGGACAGAAGGCUGAGUCAACCUUGAGCCCAGUAAGAUUUGAACUGCCGAACUGCAACUAGCAGUCAUCUUAAGUAGGAUGAGGAUUAUAUGGUAGGUCAGGGUUCAAGUCCCAUGAAAACAGAAUGAGGCUGAUGGAAAUGUUUAGCCUUGUAAAAAAAAAAAAAAAGGCAAGAAGUAUUUAAUAUCUGUGUCGAAGCAUUUGAUGCGAUGCCCCAUAGAUGAAAGGUUUGUCCUGCAGUGCAGAAUAAAUAUAGUAGAAUCAGGUUUAAUGUUACAAAAAUAUGAUAGUGAUGAAACUCUCAAAACACUCAAUAACUACCUCUGCUGACCCCUCUCCCUUAAUAAAUACAGGAAAACGUUUUUUCCUCUCUACAAAUCCCCGUUUUAUGCAACUUUGUACAAAUUUACUAUGGUGCUUGUUCUUUAAUUUCACAAUAAAAUAUUUGAGCUUU